AUGCAGACGCCUGAGGAGGUGCCGAACCUCGCUACGUUCAGCCAAUGGUUGUACGCGACGGCAGAAACUUUCAGCCGCCUUUCCUGGGCACAACGCCAGGGUCCACUGCCGGAGACUAGGACGGAGAGUCGGGCUGCACACCAGGCACCCGGAACGGCCCUACAAAGCAGCACGCCCAGUCCGUCGGCAAGUAUGUGUGCGGGCUGCGGAGGAGAGUGCCGCGCGGUGGAGCGGUGCAGCCGGUUCAUUAGCAUGGACACGACGAAGCGCUGGGAGGUCGCCAGGGAGGGUCACUUGUGCUUCGUCUGUCUGCGUCGUCAUAAGGGAGCAUGUGGAGCCAGGCCAUGUGGCAGCGAGGGAUGCACGGGCAAACAUCACGCCUUACUGCAUCGCGGGCCAUCGACCACAAUAAAUACCGUGCACGAGCCAUCAGAAGCUGGGGCAAAGCCAGGUGCAGUGCACUGUAUCCAGAUCGACAAACACUGUGAGGCUAGCGACGCCUGCCCCCAAUUUCGAUACCACUCGGUUAUUCUCCACGGUCGGACCAGCACCAUCAAGGCGAUGGCAUUCGUGGACGAAGGGUCGUCUUUCACGUUGGUGGAGGAGGACCUCGCGGACGAGCUCGGCCUAGACGGGCCCAACCAGCCAUUACACCUGCAAUGGACGGGAGGGAUUACUCGCGUGGAGAAGAGAUCACGCGUCGUGACCCUAAAGAUCUCGGGAACGCCACAGGGUCGCCAGUACACUCUGUCCGGAGUGAAGACCGUACAGAAGCUGGACCUACCAGCGCAGACCCUCGACAGCGAAGUUCUACAAUCAAAAUACCGGCACCUGCGGGGCGUGCGACUGGAACCGUACACGAACGAGCGCCCCAAACUCCUCAUCGGGAUUGGGCACCUACAAGUAGGGCUGGUGCUGAAAUGUCGAGAGGGCGCAGCGAACGACCCGGUAGCCGUUAAAUCCCGCCUGGGGUGGACCGUUUGCGGGGGCGCUGACAAGGUGCAUAACGUAGCAGCCGUCCAGGUGCGUAGUAGCGACAGCAGCACGACCGACGAAGAGAUACACCAAGCGCUUAAUACGUACUUCUCCCUUGACAGUCUCGGAGUAACGAAAGCCACAAGAGUGACGACAACGGAGGACGCUAGGUGUCUGGAGCUGCUAACGGCCCGCACCAGGCUGGUGGGUGACCGAUACGAAACCGGCCUACUUUGGCGAGAGGACGACGGAACCUUGCCCAACAGCCGCCCGAUGGCGCUACAACGUUUCCAACAACUACAGAGGAGAAUGAAGAGAAGUCCGGAGUUCGCACGCACCUUGAAAGAGAAAAUAAAGGAGUAUGAAGAGAAACGAUACAUAAGGAAAUUAAGUGUUAGCGAGGAGCAGCAAGACGAGCCGAGACGGUGGUACCUUCCUAUCUUUGUGGUGACAAAUCCGAAUAAACCCGGGAAAGUUCGACUCGUCUGGGACGCGGCAGCAGAGGUGCGGGGAACCUCCCUAAACUCAGCGUUGCUAACGGGGCCCGACCUGCUCUCUAGCCUGUUCGAGAUUCUGAUCCGUUUCCGGGAAGGAAGGAUCGGGGUAACGGGGGACAUCCGUGAGAUGUUCCAUCAAGUGCGGAUACGUCCCGAAGAUCAGUCAAGCCAAUGUUUCUUAUGGGAAAACGAACACGGUGAGGUGGAGACCUACGCGAUGCAGGUGAUGACGUUCGGUGCCCGCUGCUCGCCCAGCACCGCUCAAUACGUGAAGAACAUCAACGCCCAGCGGUUCGCAGAAACCCACCCUAAUGCCGUUAAGGCUAUCAUCCACGCACACUAUGUUGACGACAUGCUGGUGAGCGUCGAUCGCGAGGAGGAGGCCAUACAACUAGCCCUGGACGUCGCGCACGUACACCGCGAGGGAGGGUUCGAGAUUCGCGGUUGGAUUAGCAACUCGCCCCAGGUGUUAAGCGCCCUACACGGAGAACCUGAAGAAAAGCACAUAGAGUGUACGCACACCGUACACACAGAGAAGGUGCUGGGAAUGUGGUGGGACACCGCGGCCGACACCUUCACUUACCGGAUCGGAAGGAACAAGCACUCUUGCGAUCUGUGGCAGGGAACGCGGUGCCCUACAAAGCGGGAGGUCUUAAGCGUGCUCAUGGCGAUGUUCGACCCGUUGGGCCUACUCGCAAAUUUCCUGGCAUACUUAAAGAUCCUGCUGCAGAAGAUUUGGCGAUCCGGGGUUCAAUGGGACGAACCGAUAGACAGCGAUUCAUUCACUAGCUGGAAAACAUGGCUGAAGGCUCUCCCAGAGGUGGAAAAGGUACGAAUUCCCCGGUGGUACGGCACAUCCGCCCUGACAAGGAAAGACGAAAUAGAGCUGCACACCUUUGUGGAUGCAAGUGAGAACGGAGCUGCCGCGGCCUGCUACAUCCGGCACGCCACGGGAGGAGCAGUACACUGCUGUCUAGUAGCUGCCAAGACAAGAGUUGCGCCACUGAGAUUUACUUCGAUUCCACGAAUGGAGCUGGAAGCAGCAGUUUUGGGAGCACGGCUCUGCCGGUCGGUGGAAGUCGCCCUCCGUCUGGUUGAAGAGGAAAGUGAGGACGGCGGAUCAAAAGCCGAAUCAUCAAGCAGAUUCUUCUGGACCGACUCCCGUAACGUACUGGGGUGGCUCAACUCCGACAGUCGCCGGUACAGCCAGCACGUCGGGCACCGAGUCGUGGAGAUUCUUAAAACGUCCAAAUGCCGGGAGUGGCGAUGGGUACCCACAAAGCUCAACCCGGCAGACGACGCAACCAAAUGGAGCAGGAUGCCCGAUCUCGCCGCCACAAGCCGGUGGUUCCGGGGCCCUCAGUUCCUGUGGGAAUCCGUCAAGACGUGGCCCGCACAACCGGCGGAAAAGCCGGUCACAGGAUCGGAGCUGAGGCCAGCUUUCGCCGGCCAUCACUCGCCUGACGCUCCGUCAAUACAACAGCCCGUGGUCGACGUGACGAGAUUCUCGGACUGGGCAAAGGUGCUCGUGGUAACCGGAAGGGUAUUGCGCUUUGUCCACAACUGCAGGGCUAGUAGCACCCAAAGAGUCGGAUCGUCAGGCCCUAUAACAGCAGAGGAAAGGAGCAAGGCGCAACGGGUUAUAAUCAACCAGGCACAAAGGGAGGCGUUCCCCGCGGAAAUCGACCUGCUGAAGAACGCCAAGACGUCAACUAGGCUUACGACCGUGAUACCAAAACAGAGCCCGAUCCAUUCGCUGAGUCCGUACCUGGAUGAGUGCGGAAUCCUACGCAUGCGAACGAGGAUCGCUGCAUGUCACUACGCAACAGAAGACGCGAAGAGGCCGGUAAUUCUACCACGGCGUCAUCCGGUUACGGAGCUGAUAGUGCGAAAGUUUCACGAGAGGUUUCAUCAUCGAAACCACGAGACAGUGAUUAACGAGGUGCGCCAGCUCUACCACAUUCCUCACCUCCGGUCCUGUUACGCUAGAGUGCGGAGGAACUGCCAGUGGUGCAAGAAUGCGGCUGCAGAACCGAAGGCUCCCAUCAUGGCUGACCUGCCCCCGGCGCGUCUUGCGGCCUAUGUACGGCCAUUCACAUACGUAGGACUUGAUUACUUUGGCCCAAUCGAAGUAGCCGUGGGAAGGCGAGUGGAAAAGCGGUGGGGCAUGCUGGCUACGUGCCUCACAGUGCGGGCGGUCCAUAUCGAGCUGGUUCACUCGCUGACCACCAGCUCAUGCAUCAUGGGUCUGCGGAAUCUAAUUGCGCGCAGAGGAACCCCGCUCACAAUAUUCUGUGAUCGAGGAACCAACUUCGUCGGUGCGCAGAGGGAACUGCAACGCAACCCGGAGCUGAUCGACCACGUCGAUAUCACAAAAGAGUGCAGCCAACGCGGGAUACGGUGGGAGUUCAACCCGCCACAAGCCUCCCACAUGGGAGGUAGCUGGGAGCGCCUGAUCCGGACGGUGAAGGAGAACAUCGUUGCUGCGAGCUCAGCCAAGCGUUUGAACGACGAAGUGCUGCGCAGCCUGCUGGUCGAGGUCGAGAGCAUUAUGAACGCGCGGCCCCUCACACACGUGCCGGUAGACGACGACUCGGCCCCGGCCCUAACACCGAACCACUUCCUGUUGGGUUCGUCGAAUGGCAUGAAGCAGCCGGGCGAGUUGGACGACAGCGGCAGCCUUCUGCGGCAGAACUGGCGAACAUCACAAGCGUUGGCCAACAGAUUCUGGAGGCGGUGGGUGACCGACUACCUGCCAGAGAUCACACGACGAACAAAGUGGCACCGAUAUAACGAACCCAUCAGGACAGGAGACGUGGUAGUCAUCGUCGAUCCCAGGCUACCCAGAAACUCCUGGCCAAAGGGCGUGGUAGAGCAAGUUUUCGCCAGCAAGCAGGACGGUCAGGUUCGAUCCGCAAGGGUCAGGACGGCGAACAGCACUUACGUACGGCCAGUCACGAAGCUCGCCGUGCUAGACGUGAUACGCCAAGAGUCAGGGGAAGGAGUGAUACGGGAUGCGCCGGGGUGCUAG